UUCCCACGUUGAACGUUCCAAGCGGAAACCGGAAGCGGCGAGAGGCGUGCGUGCGUGCGUGAAGCCAGGAGCAGCUGCCCUUUUGUGGGCAUUCUUUUCUUUUCCCGGGAAAAGGAGAAGAAGAAAAGGAGAAGAAGGGCACAAAGCCGCCAUGUCAGACCCACCCGGACCCCCGUCGGAGCCGGAGUGCGCCCUCCGCCGCCGCCUGCCCCGCCGCCUGCCCCGCCGCCGCAGCGACAUCUACGUCAACAUGAAGACGGACUUCAAGGCCCAGCUGAGCCGCUGCCAGAAGCUGCUGGCCCCGGGCUCGGGCGUCCGCGAGAUCUGCGUCCACGGCCUGGGGCUGGCCAUCAACCGGGCCAUCAACAUCGCCCUGCAGCUGGAGGCCACGGGGGCCGGAGCCCUCCGCCUGGACGCACAGACCUCCACCGUGGAGCUCACCGACGCCGCCGAGCCACAGAACGACGCCGACGAGGCCGCCCUCCGCACGCGCAACAACUCCGCCAUCCACAUCCGGGUCUGCCGCGUGGGCCCCGAAUAGUCCACACCCGAACCGUGGCCCAUGUUGCGGUUCUGGGUUCCGAUUCCGCUCCGUUCUUCAUUCCCAAGGAUUCUGGACUCCACAAAACCCACAAGCUCAGUGCUUUGUAAACACAAUAAUAGCAACAUCAACGAUCCAAACCUUUUUCUUUUCCACAACUGUGAUGUCUGGUGUGUUGUGUUCCAGAACUUUGUCAGUCUGGAUUCGGAAGUCCCACAUUAUCUUUGCGUGUUCAUUUUCCAAUACUUUUGCAGGUUUGUGAUGCCACCAGUUCUUUUCUGCUGGGAGGUGGCACUUGAGGCAUAAGUUCCAAUGAAUCCUUUGGGCCACAUA